GGAUGACAAUUAUGACGUUUAAAAGGAAACCGAAGCAGCUGCUGGAGUCAUUUAAAUUAUUCUAAAAGUGUCAGCGAAACGUGUCCUGAAUUAAAGAUGGUAAAGAUGCCGACAUGGGAGAGAAAAGCGCGCAUAUUUCUUUGCGUUUUCGGUUUGUUUUUGUCCGUUUAUGCGCUUCAUGUCGAGCUGUCCCGAGAGAAAAACCCAGAUUAUAGGGCGAUGUGCGACCUGGGGGAGUCUGUGAGCUGCUCCAAAGUUUUUACUUCCAGAUGGGGACGUGGUUUUGGUUUGGUCCAGUUCUUUCUUGCCACGGAUAGCCUUCUGAACCAGCCCAACAGUGUGCUUGGCAUCAUAUUUUACACUCUGCAGAUGGGCCUGGGACUGUCUCUGUCCAAAAAAGCAGCAAUGUCUUUGGUCUUCUUCUCCUGGGCGUCUGUGGCUGGAUCACUCUAUCUUGCAUUUAUUCUCGCCUUUGUUCUGGGGGAUUUCUGCAUGGUCUGCGUGUCAACAUAUAUCGUUAACUUUGCGUUGCUCUUUACCAACAUAAAACGUCAGAGAGCAAUUGAAGGAGUGAAGGAAAAAGCUGGAUAGAAAGUGAUACUUGUGAAAUUCAACACCUUUUUUCUGAAGCCCCACUGGAUCUGAAAGCAAAUUCUCUUCCACAGUAUUUCUGCAUUGUUUGCACCUGUUAAGAUUUUUCUGAGAAACAGGACUGGAGAUGCAUCACAGAAAAUCUAGAGGAGGAUUUUUAGUACAGCAACUUGCUAGAGCAGCAGUCAUUUUUGUAUAUGAAUGUGCAUUUGUGAUGCUGAUUACACAUUUUUUAAUACUACCUCUCGUCUCAUGUGAUUUAGGCCUAGCUUGUGAAGACAUCAGAAAUUUUGACACGCAUUUUUCGUCUACAGUAAAUUACGAGGUGGUAAAACAAUAUACAUGCAGUUACUCAGUCUAACCAGGAGGUGGAGCCACAUGCACAGGGUUAUCAUGGUUUAUGUGGAAGUUUAGAGUUAUAGUUCAGGAACACACACAAACCACAGUAUUUGCAUAACUGGAAAAAACAAGGAUAAUACAAAAAGUCUUGUGAAAAUCUACUUUAUUUUCUUAUCUUUAUAACCAAAUGUAUUUUAAGCCGUACAUAAACCUAAAGGGUUAGUUAAGUAUUUAGAUAUAAAAGGUACAAUGGUAGUUUGUAACUCAAGUCACAUAAUCCGAAGCUGUUCAUUCAUUGUUACAAGCCAACCUGUGCCAACAACACACUACUGCAGCCAGUACAUACCAAACCAUUUGCUCUGUGAAACACACACACACAUGCACGCACACACACACACACGCACACACACACACACACAUGCACGCACACACACAUACACACACACUAGGAUUCUAUUAAAGGCCACAGAUCAUUUGGGACAAGUAGGACACAGCCCCACCUGCUGGCAGCAGACACAAGUGUGCUUUUAGUUGUAGAGUAUUUUAGAAAUAAAUAUAAUUCUGGAUUAAUUCAUGCCAUAAAACAUCUUCGGUCGCUGUUUCGCUGCCUUCUACAAUUUAAAGAAAUGUAUGAAAUAUAAGUAAUACAUAACAUUUCCACAUUAAAAUGUCUUUGUUUUGAUAAAUGAAUUUAACCUAAUCGUAAGAAACUCACUGCAAUGACAAACUUCCAUGAUCCGCUACCUGUCUUUUGUUAUUGUGUUGAUUGAGAGCUCCCUAGUGGCAGACAAUCACACAUUGUAUGUCUUAGGUCAGUGGCUGGAGAAUCGUUUUAAAAUGUGUGUAAACAAGUGUUUUAACUGUGCUUGGCUGGAGAGGCCACUGACUGAGUAUCGCCCCCACGCUCGCAGUGCUUCGAGUGUGGCAAAACAACACCCGGCCUGCCCAAAGUGAUUGGCAGUGAAAGCAGGUGGCACACAUUUGAAGCCAGGUGAGGCCGAUUGCCGUGUGCCCUGCUGCAAUUUGACUGGCUAUUUACCAAGUGCUGUUGCCGUCAUUUGCUAAUUAGAAGAAGUUAGUAUUUCUUCUAGAAGCUUGUUAACUGCGGUCACCAUGAAGAUGUGGAAUAUCCUCGACAGCACAAACUUCAAAGUCGGCCUUUUGACGACAAACUAGAUUUUAAACACCUCGGUGCCCAAUACCAAACAUGACCUGCUCUGCAUAGCAAACAUAGCUAACGUUAGCUACCCAAACUGACAGCGCAUACAACCGGAACAACAAGUUGAGUGGAACAGGUGUGUGCUCAGUCACCUUUGGGGAAAUAUGAAACGGCGCCAUUAUGUAAUUUUCUGAUUUUGCGUCUGUCCAAAUAGUUGCCCAACCAUUUCCCCUCCUACUGUAGGCUAUGUUACCUUAUAGCAUACAGUAUAUUAGCAUGUCCACAUCAGUGGGGGUAAAUAACUACUCCUUCCAUGGCUGAUUUUAUUAAUUUAUUUUAUCCAAAGCUGGAGCUGCAUGACACGUAUAAUGAGAAGGAGAAAGUAGGUCUACUCCAUGAGAGGAAUGUUAAGUAGGCAUUAAAAAGGAAUUUCUAACAUCUA